AUGAACACGCUUAUCCAUCAAAACUUCGAGUCAGAGCCUAUCAUUCUUAACAGAAGAACAAUAACAAACUUCUUUAAGAAAUCGUCUCCAAGAAAUCUCCUAAGACGAAAUGCUUCUUCAUCUUCUUCUCCUUCUGCAUCCUCUUCCUCAUCUUCAGCUUCUCCAUCUACUGCCUUAACUGAUAACAAUAUUUCUUCCUCUUCAACACCACAAAUCCCCAGAAUCUCAAUGCCUGAACCUGUUUCUGCAUUUGAUGCAAUGAUGCGCAACUAUAGAGCAAAUGAUGACUGUUUAACCAUCAACGAGCUUAACAUUAUCUUCCCCCGCGUUCCCUACGGAUCUUUGGUCUGGGCACCUGGUAAUAUGCUACGCAAACCACGCCCACAACACAAUCACUCAAAACAUAACCAUCCAUCAUAUCUCUGCGAUUCACCUACACCUGAAAAAUGUACUUGUCCAAUCGAUCAUGCCUGUGCAAUCUGCUUGAAUGUCUUUGCUUGUGGAGAUGUGGUCCGUGUCCUGCCGUGUCACCAUCUACUACACUCCGAAUGUCUAGACCCUUGGUUUACUAGUGUUCGUGCAGAGUGCCCAUUAUGCAAGCGAGGAUACCGCGAAAACGCAGAUAGGCUUCGUGCGCUGUUCCAAGAGCUGCGGUUAACCCGAUGA